UAUUAUUUUUUUAUUAUAAUUAUUUUUUGGCACCAGAGAUUUAAUUUUUUUACAAAAAAUUUUUAAAUUUCUAUCCUGCCAAGUCGAUCCCCUCCCUGGUCAGUCACCGAGAGCCCAGCACCUCCUUUGAUUGCUAAAUCUGAUCACGAUGUUUCUGGUUCUUUCAGCCACCACAGAAUUAAGGGACUUUUUUGCCAAAGCCCGAAACGGUUCAGUUCGGCUCAUCAAGGUCGUCAUCGAGGAUGAACAGCUUGUGCUGGGAGCCCACAAAGAGCUGUCCCGGCGCUGGGACGCUGACUACGAUCCCUUCGUGCUGCCCCUGCUGGACGAGCAGCAGCCGUGCUAUGUGCUGUACCGCCUGGACAGCCAGAACGCCCAGGGAUACGAGUGGCUCUUCAUCUCCUGGUCCCCCGACAGCUCCCCGGUCCGGCUGAAGAUGCUCUACGCUGCCACCAGAGCCACGGUGAAGAAGGAGUUUGGAGGGGGGCACAUAAAGGACGAGAUGUUUGGCACAGUGAAGGAAGACGUGUCCCUGAGUGGUUACCAAAAGCACGUGUCCUCCAGCUCUGCCCCAGCCCCGCUGACCGCAGCCGAGCAGGAGCUCCAGCAGAUCCGCAUCAACGAGGUGAAGACGGAGAUCAGUGUGGAGAGCAAGCACCAGACACUGCAGGGCCUGGCCUUCCCCCUGCAGCUGGAUGCCCAGCAAGCCAUCCAGGCACUCAAGCAGAAGAAAAUCAACUACAUCCAGCUGAAGCUGGAUCUGGAGCGGGAGACCAUCGACCUGGUGCACACAAGCCCUACAGAGAUCGCUGACCUGCCCAAGAGGAUCCCCCAGGACUCAGCUCGCUACCAUUUCUUCCUGUACAAGCACUCACAUGAGGGAGACUACCUGGAGUCUGUCGUCUUUAUCUAUUCCAUGCCCGGGUACAAGUGCAGCAUCAAGGAGCGCAUGCUCUACUCCAGCUGCAAGAGCCGGUUGCUGGACACUGUGGAGCAGGAAUUUUGCCUGGAGAUAGCCAAGAAGAUCGAGAUCGACGACGGAGCGGAGCUGACGGCGGAGUUCCUGUACGAGGAGGUGCACCCCAAGCAGCACGCCUUCAAGCAGGCCUUCGCCAAGCCCAAGGGGCCCGUGGGCAAGCGGGGACAGAAGCGGCUGAUCAAGGGGCCGGGCGAGAACGGCGAGGACAGUUAGAUCCCGCCGGGCCGGGCGGUGAACGGACAGCAUCCCCGCGGCGCUGCCCACCUUCCUCUGCGCUGACCUGGGGAGCUUUCCCUCCAUCUCAGCCUUCUUUUUUUUUUUCCUCCCCUUUUUUUUUUUCCUAUUUCAUUCCUUUUUUAAACAUCAGGAUGGCUUGUUGCACCUGGGGGCAGAGCGAUGGGGAGGGUUCAGGGCUGUCGGUGUUUCUUUUCCCCGCCUCCCCGUGCGAGCCCCGGGGCUGCCAGGGGAGGACGGGAGCAGCAGGGCCACGUCCCCAGCCUUGCCUCUGUCCCCCCCGGGGUCGCAGCCGCUGCUCUCCCUGGGGACUUCAGUCCCUGGGGGUCUGAAGGGCACGCUCACCUGAAAGCUGCUCUAUGCAAAGGGAAGGGGGUGGCGUUGGGGAUUCCUGUUUGAAGAGAGAAAAGGCUUAUUUCCCUGCUCCCCCAGACUUUGUUCCCCUGUCCUGCUCUUGGUGUGCACAGCCCCCCUGCCCCAGGCCUGGAGUGAUCCUGCACCCCCUCGGGGUGUGGGCAGGACCCCUUCCUGUAGGGUGGGCUUUGCUUCUGGCGGGGUGGGAGUUUCUCCCUGCAGAGAGCCAGGCAGCGGGAGGUGGAAGUUCCCCACUGAGUCCCAAGCUCAGCCUGGACCUGGAGAAAGGUCACUCUGCCUUUGGGUGAUGUUUGCAUCCCCUUUUUGAACCGCCCCAGUAAGGCUUUUCCCCUCAGAAGGAUCUGUUACAGCCCUGACUCAGCCCCAUCUCUGUUUAGGAUGGGAGCUGAGGGGCUCCUGAGCCCUGGUCCCCCUGUUCCCCAGCCCCCACUGUUAUCCCCCGGGUUUUCAGCUGGCUCUCUGGGCUGGGGCAGCCCCAUGUCUUAAUAAUCACAUGGGCUACCCCAAAUCCUUGUGCAGGGAAGCAUGACAGCCCCUGUGUGCCCCCCACAGAUGUCCCCAGCCACCAAGGGCUCCACGGGCCGAGCUUGGCACUGUGAUUUGGGCUGCGCUGGGGUCUGGGGGAGAGCACCUUGCUGCUGGGUUCCAGUGAGGGCUUGAGAGUCACCUUCCUCCCUGGGAGGAUGGAAAGGGGGUCGGUGAAACCUGCCCUCUGCUUUCCAGCUGUGGGGUGAACGUGCCGAUGUUGCCUUGACCUCGGCGGAGUCAGGGGGUUGAAGCUGGGGGGAGCAGAGCACACUGUACUGAACGCUGUAUUUUCUAAAGAAUAAAGUAUUUUUAAAACAGUC